AGGGUGAUUGAGAGUCGCGAAAGAGAAGUGGAGAAGGAUGUGAAUAAGGCACUGUCGGUGUUGGAUGCUCCCACAACACCAUCACCUGGUAAUGCUUCCACAGCACCACCACCUCAUUAUACUCCUACAACACCACCUCGUAAUGCUUCCACAAUGCCACCACCACUAUCACAGAAUAUUCUUAAACGUUCUCCUGAUAUUUACGAGACAGGUUUCGAAAUGGAUUGGGCGCCUUGGAAGUUCGACAUUACAAUAAUAAGUAAUGUAAACAUAGAAUGCGUACUUAUGAGCUUGCAUGAAAAAUGCCAGAAGACGAAACCGAAAACUACAACGUCACUCGAAUACGGCAUAAUUGAUCUCAACGACGGUAUCAUUUUAGAAGCUUUGGGGCAAUCAGUGAUAUCGCAUUUUGAAGCAAAGAUGCAAGAAUAUAAACCUAAGAAAGCUUUAUCCACAGAA